CUUCUUAAUCAGCAAACAAUUGCAAUUCGGCUAAAUAGUUUGAAAUCAUGAAGGCUAUUAUCACCUUGUUGUCCCUGGCCGUUGCCGCUCAUUGCGGUUAUGUUGAGCCAACCUGGGAUUCCGUCAACAACCUGGCAUGGAACUCAUGGAACGGAUUGAACUACGGAAACAACGCAUGGAACAAUGGCUGGAACAACUGGAACUCUAAGAGCUUGGUGUCUUAUCCUUUCUCUUCAAUCCAUGGAUCCUGGCCAGCAGUGAACUCCGUCUAUGACAACGCUUGGAUUAACGAAAACGGAUGGUAUAGAGCGAAGCCAACUGUCGUUCAGGCCAACGUUGCUAAGGUCAAUCCAUGGGGACUUCCAUUGGCCGGAUAUGGCUAUGGCCAUGGAUACAACAACUAUGUAGCUCAUGGUGCUCCAGUAGUUUCUGCCAAGUAUGUCGCUGCCAAUCCAGGAUCAGUGCAUGUUGCUCCACUCAUUGGACACGCCGUCAACCAGAAGCUGAUCGUUGCCUAA